AUGGACGCCAACACCGACGUUUGUCCAGAUGCAAAGAAGCAGCUCCUCGUGCAACAUCUCUCCCGCAGGAUCUGCCAGCACGUCUCCGAGAAUGAGCAGCUCGAGCAACUCCAGCUACCUGACGUCGUCGUUUGUUUCGAACGAGGAGUACAAGAACCGGCUGAUUCGCCAGUCGCCGUCUAUCUCGCCUAUGACGCAUGCCGUCGAGGUCCCGCCGCCCGUGCCGACCAGCCCGGCGCUGGGCAACAGCAAGAAACGGCGCAAGUCCUCGGUGACGAGCAAAGAGGACAUCGAGCGCAAGAAAAAGGAGCUGAAGAACCAGCACUCGAUAAUCGAGAAGAAGCGGCGCAUCAAGAUGAACAGGGAGUUCGAGGCCCUCAAGUUCCUGGUGCCGGCGUGCCGGCUCAACAUCCUGAGCGGUCUCAACGAGAGCAACUUCGACAACUCCAACAUGAUGCACAAGCUGACGAUUCUGCAGAGCACGGUCGAAUACAUCAAGUAUCUGCAUCUCGUGAUCAAGCUGCUGAAGCUGCAGAUGCUCACGCCGGCAGGCACGCGCUCGUACUUCCAGAAAUGGCUCGCGAAAAACGACAAUCUCAAAUUCGUGGACUUCGACCUCGACCUGCAAUCUUAUAG